AUGUCUCGCCCGUUGUUUGUCAUAACAUGCUUCAUAAGCCUCACCAUUCUUUUGCUCUGGUAUGGUGUGAACUCUGACCGCAACUGGAUACAUCCUCUUCUCACGCAACUGAUUCCCGCGGGACAUUGUGCGUGUCAAACAUCGACCAUAUUUCAAUGCGCGAGCUGCAUCUCAUGCUCAGAGACCUCUGCCGUCCAAUAUUUGUCCAGCUCUGCCUCUGGUACACCCAGAUGGACAUUCCAAUUCACCCGAGACGCUCAAAAUGAGGCGCUCGACACAUCGCAAUGUCAAGCUGCAUUCCCUGGUCUCUUUGAAGACAUCAACCGAGGCCAGAGCUAUUGGCAAGCUCAUGGUGGCGGCCUGAUCUCCGAGGAUCUGGACGACAUCUCUCUGGAACCGGGAAUGGUGCGCGCGUUCAUUCACAGCGGCCAUUUGCAUGUGGUCAAGGCCCGUGCUAAGGGCGAGGAUCAUCGACGCAAAAUUCUGGGUGUCCUGGGGGCUAUUCAUCGUGCACUGGUGGCAGAUCAGACUCGUGGUUUGAGGCGAAAUAUCGAAUUUGUCUUUUCCGUCGAAGACAAAGUGGAGGACGUGACGAGUGCUCGUCAUCCCGUUUGGGUGUUUGCCCGAACUCCAACGGAAGAAGGUGUAUGGCUGAUGCCGGACUUUAGCUUCUGGGCGUGGGACAAUAUCAAGAACCACAUCGGGCCAUUUGACCAAGUGGUGGAUCGUAUUAAGCGGAUGGACCUGCCCUGGGAGCAGAAGAAAGCGCAACUGGUAUGGCGGGGGAAGCCAAGUUUCGCGCCCAAGUUACAUCGUGCUCUGAUUGAAGCGGCGCGGGAUCAGUCAUGGGCGGAUGUCAAAGAGGUUGAUUGGAAGACAAGAACUAAUGUCCUUCGAAUGGAGGACCAUUGUCGAUAUAUGUUUAUCGCUCAUGUUGAGGGUCGCUCUUAUUCUGCGUCUCUCAAAUACCGACAAGCCUGUCGCUCGGUCAUCGUAGCGCACAAACUUCAAUACAUCCAGCAUCACCAUUAUCUUUUAGUCUCCAGCGGCCCCAAUCAAAAUUACGUCGAAGUCGAGCGCGACUUUAGCAACCUUGCCGAAAAGAUCGAGCCUCUCGUCGCCGACACAGAUGCCGCUCGUCGCAUCGCCACCAAUAGUGUCAAAACCUUUCGCGAGCGAUACUUGACUCCAGCAGCCGAGGCUUGCUACUGGCGAGCACUUCUCGACGGGUAUGGGAGGGUCUGGAAUGGUACCGUGGAUUUCUGGUCAGAGCGGACCGGUCAACAACGCGGCUUGCGUUAUGAAUCUUUCAUUCUCUUGGAAUCUGCUCGCAUGCUGGAAUUCUCAGCGGCAAGGGCAAUGUUGGGGUCUGGUUGA